AUGAUGGACUGUUUCAGUUUACUUUCUGCAGUCAACUCAGCUCGGACGUUACUGCAAGCUCUGAGUAUGAAUACCUCAUCGUUCAAUACCCCAUCUAAUGAACCGACGUUAGAUGGAGAACAACAAAUUCUUCUCCAAUUACUGGAAGGAAAUAGCACACCCGAUGCGAAAGCGGCUAGUGCUGUGUACUUCCGACGCGUAUUCAGUUCUGGUCUGCCACGGAACACAGCUGAUCCGGAAAAAUACACACGUCUGGAAUGUAUGUGGACCAUUGUUAAUUUGCUUACUGGUGCAAACCGUGAUAGGAUUGGACUGAUGAUAGGAUCUGGUGUGUUCUUCGUUCUACCAAAUCUUCUGUCAACACCAGAUCCUCGACUAACCGAACGGACACUAAAUGCGAUGCGCUUACUACUACCUCUAUAUCCAGAACACGCUAACUGUGUUAAGGAUACAGAUAUGUUAGACCUCAUCAAACCGAGUCUUCUUGAAAAUGAUGCACAUCUGCAGGAGUUGAAGGACGAGAUUCAGACUUUUAUAGACGCCAGAGUGGUACCAGUUUUAUCACGGUGUACAAUCGCGUUUGUAGAUUAA